AUGGACGGAAACUACAGGUUGAGGCGUACGCGAGUGGCGCGUGGUGUGAGGGAUUUGGACAUGGAGGCCCUGAGGAAGAGGCAAGAGCUGCGUAUGGCCAUGAAAGAGGAUGGAUCACUCUCGGCGAGGUCCUCACCCGGGUCGGGCGAGUCGACGGGCAAGUCUACGGGCAACUCAACCGACGAUGAUGAUUCUCCGGAUACUCCAAACUUUCGGCCUACGAGACCGCCCGGUAAGCCGACGGUUGGACAGCCUGUCCGUCUUCUGCCUCCGGUUUCAGUGGCUCCGUCUAUUCCUCCACCGGCAGCACAGAAUCCGGAAAUCGUCUCUCGUACAACUACUGCAGCGCCAACCACCACCGAGCCCCCGUCCAAAUCGCUUUCGAGCAUUACGACCACUGCUUACACAGUGCCGCCGCCGCUGAACAACGCCGGAGACGCUCCCAGUUUAACCAAGACGUACUCGCCUUCGUCCUCGACUGAUUCGCCCACGACGACGAGCCCAAGCUCCAUGUCUACUUACUCGACCUCGUCAACCUCGACGACUUCAACUUCGACCUCGCCUACAUCGAAAGCCAAGACCAGCACUAUACCAUCUAGCGCUGCAACUACUCGAGAUCCAGUUGAAACCGCUACUUCAGGAGUGGCCCCUCCUCCUCCGCCGCCGCCGUCAAACUCCAGUGCAGGGUCUAGCGCUGCAACGACUGCUGCAUCGACCGGACCCACCACCAUGUUGACCAUGUCACUUCCGACCACCGCAGCUUCGCAGCCAGGCUCAACAGUCUUGCCUGUACCGGCUCUCACCGGUACGGCGGCCCUGUCCGUUGGGUCUUCCAUGGGAAUCCCCACGAAGUCAGCAGGCGCGUCUUCAACUCUCCGGCCGAGCGAAACCAUGGCGCCUGCUCCGUUGGUUCCUGUUACAGGUUCUGGGGGGUCUGGCUCUGGAAGCAAUUCUGGCGCCAUGGCUGGCAUUACUGUCGGUACAAUCGCCGGUGUUGGCAUGUUUGCUGCUCUCAUCUUCUUUUUCUACAAGAAAUACAAGCAACGACAAUUCCUCGACAAGUCGUAUGUGGACGGGUCCCGUGACGGCCCUGGAGGGCCGAAGCAAACGAGCAUAUUCAACACCAUUCAAGAGCGCUUCCACACCAUCGCCGCACCGGUAUCCGCUCGUAUCGGCGAAAUUAAGGAGAAGGGCUUUGGUGGUGGUAAUAACGGCCAGGCGCGGGGUGUGGCUGGAGGCGCGGCCGCCGGAGCAGCAGUUGGUGGCGUCGCAGGUGGUGCUGCCGCGGCCAACGUCGAUCCCAAGACGCAGUCGCAGAUCAUCAACGAGAUGUUCCAGGCUGCGUUCGCGGCGGAGAACGGCAUGGGUGAUCGCGACUCGACCUACACGAGCGACUACUCCACCGAAAAGGGCAUGUACUAUGGACAAGAGAUUCCUCAGGGCUCCAUCCGAGAGUCGAUGAGCAAAUGGCUGCGCGCGAGCAGCAUCAACCCGCUCCAGCAGAACCCGGCAAGAGACUCUUCGGAUACUAGGCUCACGGCGCCUUCCUGGGCUCAGUCCGCGAGGUCCUCGACAACCUCGUCCAUGCUGAGCGAAGGCGACGGCGUUACCAGUGGCGUCAACAGCGGCCUCUUCCCACCGGGUUUCCGUCCCGCGUCUCCUCUGGCACCUCCGGUACCGCCUAUCCCGCAGGCGGCUAACAUGCAGUCUCGAUGGUCCGAGUCGACCCGCGCACCUCCCGACACGCCAUCCGUACCGUCCAUGCCGCCGGUACCCAACAUGCAGUCCCGGUGGUCCGAGUCGACCCGAGCCCCGCCCGACACGCCGGCAGUACCCUCGAUGCCACCGGUACCAAACAUGCAGUCCCGCUGGUCAGCAUCGACCCGAGCACCGCCCGACACGCCGGCCGUACCGUCCAUGCUGCAGGUACCCAACAUGCAGUCCCGGUGGUCCGAGUCGACCCGCGCCCCGCCCGACACGCCCUCCAUGUCGCACGACAGUCUCUACAGCAUGUACAACCGCGACACCCAUAUCAGCGGCAUGACGGACAGCGUCGUCCCAGAGGUUCCCGAGUGGUGGAGGAACGAGCAGCAGAGAGCCAGCAGCAACGCGCUCGGCUCCGCCGUCGGCAGCGGCAUGAGCUACGGUUUGCCCACGCCGUCGAGCAGCGCCUCCGACGCGCACCUGUCGCUCGAGCAGCCGGGCCCCGAGCUCCAUCGCGGCGCGAAUUAG